UACAUUUUCGCACAAUUAUGCUCAGGCAGUUCUAAGGUUGCCCUUUUCUGACAAGAGAAACAUUACGGGGUCCUUCCUGCAGUGGUCAUACAGCCCAGCGUGACAACCAUGCCGAAAUCAAAGAGGGACAAGAAAAUUUCCUUAACAAAAACGACUAAAAAGGGAUUGGAAGCGAAACAGAACUUAAUGGAGGAGUUGCGGAAAUGUGUGGACACGUACAGAUACGUCUUCGUUUUCUCCGUUGCCAACAUGAGGAACAACAAACUGAAAGACAUACGGACGGCAUGGAAACACAGUAGAUUCUUUUUUGGUAAAAACAAAGUCAUGAUGAUCGCUCUGGGGAAAGGACCAACGGACGAGUACAAGGACAAUUUGCACAAGAUCAGCAAGUACCUGAAAGGCGAAGUGGGGGUCCUGUUCACUAAUAAAACCAAGGAUGAGGUGCAAGAGUAUUUCAGUAACUUCAAGGAGAAGGAUUUUGCUCGGGCAGGAAACAAAGCACACAUGGCCAUCACUCUGGAUGAAGGACCCCUCACUCAGUUCCCCCACUCUAUGGAGCCUCAAUUGAGGCAGUUGGGACUACCCACAGCCCUCAAGAAAGGUGUGGUGACACUGCUGAAGGAUCAUGGGGUGUGUAAAGAUGGGGAUACACUGACACCAGAGCAGGCGCGAAUCUUGAAACUCUUCAAUAUUGAGAUGGUGGAAUUCAAAGUGACAAUAAAGUGCAUGUGGAACUCUGAGACUGGAGACUUUGAGAAACUGCAGGAGGAGGAAGAGGAUGAAGAGGCCAUGCAGGGUGAUGAAGUUGAAGAGGAAGAGGAGGAUGAGUGAGAUUAGACUAAAUUGUCAGAGCUUUGUUUUUACAACAGGCCAGUGUGUUGGACCAGCGGUCUAAAACCCAAAUGGCAAGGGUUUUUUUUUUUUUAUUAAAAUUUUUUUACACAAGAAUGCUGUAACAGGUGGAUGUGCAUCCAGAUGAAUAUCUUCAAUUGGAGGAUAUGGUGUUCCAUCAUGGAAUUGCCUGUUAAACGUGAAUUUCACCAAAUACUUGUGACUUUUCAGCAUAUUCCAGGGACGGUUCAAAAUGUUGUAAUUUCCCCCCAAAUGCUUAAUUCUGCUGACUUUGGAAAGAUGAAUACAGAAAGCUGUUGAGUGGUUCAACUCAAGGGAUUUUCCCAGUUUGCUGUAUUUACUGUAAAUGGUUUGUAACCAGUAGUGCAGACAUUAGAGCAUAAUCUCUGAUAAAUGAAUAUUAAAUUGGGUAACUCGUGGGGGAUGAGGGAGGCCAUACUGAGAGCGAUAUGAAGGGAUGGCGUUAGUAUUCAUGUGUACAUUUAUGGUGUGUACCGGUCGUUGGUAACUAUUCAGUGAAUUCUGCAACAGGGAGGCAUUUCUGCCAACAACGAUGAUGUGACUUAAAGCGCACAUUGUUAAAGCAUAGCGAUGCAAUUGAAUUCCCUUAAGUCAGAGAUGGACAGAAUAGAGCAACACCGCCUGUAACUGCCCUAUUCCUCACUUUUACAUCGCCAGCAAUGGAAUCGUGGUAGAACUGUACUCUAGAAGCCUUUGUGAAUGUUCUGUUUUGCAGUCUACCAUAGUGCGGUGAAUUUCGCUGUGGUGAUGUGCAUAAUCAGGGCCAUUGUAAUAAACUGUGUCCUUUUCAACC